AUUACUUUUUCUCAAACAUAUUCAUUAAAUGGUUUUAUCAAUGAAUUAAAACAAUAUCAAAAAGUAGAAUUACAUGAAAGUAUUUUAAAAGUUAUAGGCAUUUUUGAGCAGAGUGUAGAUGAAAUUACCUUCUUUCGUGAAUAUGCAUAUGAUGGAACUCUUCGUCAAUAUUUAGAACAAAAUUUUUGCAUUAUUGAUUGGAAUGAUAGAUUACAUCUUGCAAAACAGCUCGUUAGUGCUGUAAAAUGCUUGCAUGAAAAUGACAUUAUUCAUAUGAACUUGAACUCAGAAAACAUAUUUGUUCAUAAAGGAGAUAUUAAAAUUAACAUCUUUAAAUACCAAAAUAAAUGUUUAGACGAAUCCAAAUUCACUCCAUACAUAGAUCCACAAUAUUUACAAAGUUCUAAAACAUAUAAUCUUAAUAAAAGCUCAGAUAUAUACAGCAUUGGAGUUCUUAUUUGGGAAAUUUCAAGUCGUACUAUUCCAUUUAGAUCAGAAUUUUCGAAUGUUUCUAGUCUAUUAAAAGCAAUAAUAAUUGACAGAAAACGUGAAACUGCUGUCCUCGGAACGCCUAAAGCAUAUGAAAAAAUUUACACAAAAUGUUGGCAGCACGAAUCACUUCAACGUCCAACUAUUCAAGAAGUUUUUAAGACUUUAAACAGUAUAAAUUUUGAUGACAUAUGUAAAGAAGAAAAUGAGAUAAAAUACGGCAUGAAUAGAAAGUAUAUGUCAGAUAAAUUGAUGCAUUAUAUUGACUGGCGAAAUGAAACAGUUAAAGAAUUAAAAUUGAUCUCAUCAAUUAUUACAUCUUUUAAGAAAACAACUUCCUUAUCAAUUAUUGAAACUCUUAAAGAAGAAAAUGGAAAUUGUCAAGGGAGCAUACUAGAUAUAACUUCUUUACCUGCUUUUAAUUUAAGGUUAAAACAUGUUCAUGGUGAAUUAAGAUUUCUUUAUGGUUUAAAUCGAUUAUUUUUAUCUCAAUUUGAUAAACAAGGAAUCUCAGAAACUACUACAUGUUCAAUAAUUUGUCAGAUAGAAAGAUAUAUAAGUAAUCAUGAUACAAAACCAAAUUUAAUUCUCAAGCAAUAUUGUAAUCAUAAAUAUAAACAUUAUUUUACAAGCAUUAUUGGAUUUUUUUAUGAAUACGGAAUUGGAACGGAUGUUAAUCACUAUAUGGCAUAUGAUAUGUAUAGUAAAGCGAUUAAAGAUAUUUGUGUUACUAGCUCUUCAAAUGAUCAAGAUAAUUUGUCUAACAAUUUAUUAAAAGAAAAUCAACGUAUCGGAUUAAUAUCUCUAGGUUUAUUAUACAAAUAUGGAAGAGGAAUUGAAGUUAAUCAACUCAAAGCAUUUAGAUUAUUUUUAAAAUCAAUUUCUAAGGGUUCUUUAUUAGGAAUCAUAAAACAGGAAGAUACUAAUAAUAAUUAUAAAACAGGUGAAAAGAUAAAAAAUAGAUGA